UGACAAAAUACUUGGCAAAGGAAAUGGUCUCUUUCCACAAGGUUGAAAAAAAGUCGUUUAAGGACAUGGUAAAGGUCCUAGAUGCCCAGUACGAGCUACCAGGACGGAAACAUUUCUCACAAACAGCCGUCCCACAUUUAUAUAUUAAAGUUAGAGACGAGGUUCAAGUACUGCUGUCAGAGGCCGAGAGUUAUUCUUUAACAACUGACAUGUGGUCAUCAGUUAACAUGACUCCAUAUAUGUCCCUGACUGUCCACACCAUUACACCUGAGUGGAAACUUGAAUCCAAAUGCCUCCAAACAACGUAUUUUCCUGAGAGUCAUACGGCGGACAACCUUGCUGCAGCGCUCAGAGUUGCACUUCAGAACUGGCAACUUGACGAGAAAAAACUUUCAGCCAUAACCACUGACAACGCUGCCAACAUUUCUGCUGCAAUCAGGUCCCUGGAGUGGCCGUGGCUUAACUGCUUCGGUCAUAAUCUAAACCUGGCUGUCACAAAUGCAAUGCAUGACAAUAGGCAAAAAACCGAGCGCGCCCUCGGAGUGUGCCGUUGUAUUGUCGGGGCCUUUUCACACAGCUGGCAACGUAAGAGUGAACUCCACAAGAAGCAAGUGGAGUUGGGACUCCCAGAACAUAGCCUCAUAACGGACUGCGCAACUCGCUGGGGCUCCAAACUGGCAAUGGUGGAGCGCAUCCUGGAGCAGGCCCAGGGGAUCAGACACGUCUUGUCUGACGACAGAAGGAGCAGCCUGUCCCUGACCUGGCAGGACACAGACGUCUUGAAAGCUGUUCACGACGCACUGAAACCAGUCGGUGACUUCACUGAUAUUUUGUCAGGAGAACAUUAUGUGACCAGUUCCUCUAUCCUCCCCAUACUCCAGCUAUGCAGGGACAAUGUGUUGGCUGUGUCAGAAUACGACCUCCAGCUAACAAAGUCAAUCAAAACUGGAAUUCUAAAAAAGCUAGAGGCCAAAUAA